CAUUCUCUCCCGCGUUCAGUCCACACAUGCGCGUCAUUGGCCGUGCGUGCGACGUGCUCGGCGAUUGGUCCUAAGUUGAGGGGAGGGCGUGGCCGUUUGGGGCUGAUUCGCGGUGCCUUGCUCUCAUUUAGCACGCACUGGUUGCAAAUGUGUUAAUGUGUUUACUUAAUGUGGGAUAAUGCCAACAAUGUAAAGUGUUAUUGCAGUUACGCAAUUAACAAACACGACUGUUGUCGCUUUAGAUAUGUUAUCAGUGUGUCAUUCAACAGCUAAAAGUCAAGAAGCAACGUUCCCGCGCUCAUGUUCAACGCCAUUGUGAUGCAGUUUAUCUGCAUGCUGCAGUUGCAGCUCGUGGCCACAGAGGGGCAGCGUGGGACCAACCGGCCUGUAUUUUAUGCUGUGGAAAUGGACGGAGGCGUCAGAGCAGCAAGGGACCUGGCCGAGCAGCACGGACUUGAGUUCAUAUCACGGGUUGGCAGUCUGGAGAAUGUGUACAGCCUGAAGGACAGCAGGGAGCCCCAGGACCAAGCCCCCCUGGAGGCACAACUCCAACACACAGCGGGGGUGGUUUGGCUCCAGAGGCAGCAGGGUUUCCAUAGAGACAAACGUUUCUCUAUCACACAACUGGACGCGAGUCAAGUUCACGGGCCUCCAAGGCAGCAGAAUGUAACUGACAGGAGGUCCAAGAAGAAGAAGAAGCUGACUGACUACUCUCCCCUUACCUUCAAUGACCCUCUCUGGCCCCUGCAAUGGGAAUUGUUUGCGCAGGCGCCCUACAGGUCCAGUAGCUUGGACCUUAAUGUCAUGCCGGUUUGGAAGAAGAACAUCACGGGGAACGGCGUUGUGGUCAGCAUCAUCGAUGAUGGUGUGGACUACACUAACGAGGAUCUGAAAAGAAACUUUGAAGCCCUUGCCAGUGUUGACCUGCAGAGUUCACAUGGUCUCUCCAAUGACCCCAUGCCCAUCAGGGAUGAGGAGAACGGUCAUGGCACCCGCUGCGCGGGUGAGAUAGCCAUGGAGGCCAACAACUCCUACUGCGGGGUGGGCAUCGCGUUCAAUGCCAGAAUAGGAGGGAUCCGCCUGCUGGGCGGCCCCGUCACCGACGCCAUGGAGGCCGUGGCCCUCACCUUCAGCCCCAACCUCAUCCACGUCUACGUGUGCUCCUGGGGGCCCCCCGACAACGGCUCUGAGCUGGGGGGCCCCGGCCGCCUCGCCCGUCGGGCCCUCCAGUGGGGAGCGCACAAGGGCCGACACGGGCGGGGCAGUGUCUUUGUGUGGGCGUCGGGGAACGGCGGGAUCCACCGCGACCACUGUGGAGCCGAUGGCUACGUCAACUCUGUGUACAGCAUCGCUGUGGGAGCUGUCACUCACACCGGGGAGCCCGCCUUCUAUGGAGAACCCUGCCCCGCCAUCAUGGCGGUCACGCCCACUGGAGCCAACCCGGACGGAUCUCUGCCGCUGGUGACCGUGUCGAACCUGGAGGAUGGCUGUCAGACCCGGUUUCCAGGGACGUCCAGUGCAGCACCCUAUGCUGCUGGUAUACUGGCUCUAGUCUUGGAGGCCAAUCCUGAGCUGACAUGGAGGGACCUCCAACACCUCAUCGCCAGGACCGCCAGGAUCCCUGAUCCCUCGGAGCCAGGGUGGAUGAUCAAUGGAGCCGGCUACCACGUGCACCACAGGAAAAGAGUGUCGGUGGUGGGGAGGUUUACUGCCCCCCGGUCCGGCACAGGGGGGGCCAGCCACGCCUCGUUAUGUGGAAUAGCUUGUGGUUGGUUUUACUGGCCGCUGCUCCGGGGAGCCUGGAUGGAGCGGGCGGUGGUGCCCGGAGUCCAGGAAUAG